GUUUAGCAGACUUGUCUUUUACAAAUGGAGCAUAUACAAGAUGGCACACUUUGAUGCCCUGCCGGCACAUAACUCAUCAAAAGGUGCUCCCAGAAAAGUCAGUAUUAGAGGCCAGAGAGACACAGGCUGCUGCAGUGAAUAUGGAUGCUGUGUCAGCAUUGCUUGUGAGGACAUCUGCAGAGCUGGAAGCAGUGAAGCGUGAAUUAGCCCAGGUAGAAGCAGAUGAGGAUGAUCAGGAGCAGACAUGUUUGGGAGAGGAAUGGUUGGAACUACAGGGAGAAGAGGCAUUUGAUACUCUUGAUGAACCUGGGCCCACAAAACAUAUGAAUGAGUAUUACUCUUCCUCAUUGCAAUUAUCUACUGACCCAGAAGAGCCCCAGACAGAAUCUUACGAUGAAACAAACAGCUGGGAUCCUACCUCUACUCCACUUCCUGCUGCUGAACUGCCAACACUGGUCGACAAAGAAACAAAUACAGAAGAAACCGUUCAUGAAAAUAUUUCAGUGCGACCAAAGGACAGAAGUAGUCUUAGCGGAAGACAGCGACCAUUCGUUAGAAACAGCAUGAUCGUACGGUCACAGACAUUCUCCCCAGGAGAGAAAAACCAGUAUAUUUGUAGGUUGAAUCGUAGUGACAGUGACAGUUCAACUCUUGCUAAGAAGUCUCCUUUUGUAAGGAAUGCAACAGAACGACGCAGUCUGCGAGUAAAGAGGCCUGUAUGUCCGACAAUGACACGAAGAGCAAUGCAUGAAUGUCGCGAAAGAACCUCUUUAGACUUG